AUGUCUGCUUACGGUGCGAUUAAGCGAUCCGGGAGCCAACAUGACGUCCUUCCAUCGACGAUCUGGUCCGAUAAAAAUCGUAUCGAAGUCACCAUCCACCACUUAACGCUCGCAACAGUUCGACUUCUACCCGGUCUGAUCGAGUAUCUAGGUGCUGUGUUCGCCAAAGAAGUCGAGGACGGUAGGACAUACCCACAAGAAGGCCCCGUUGACCUAGAAUCGUUUCAGACCUAUUUCUUUGCUGCCGAUGUACUUUUGGCGAUCAAGCAGGAUCACGAAAGAUCGAUAGAAAUGCCCUACUCCGACGGGGCUGAAAUAGCCAUAGGAAUCGAACAAGCGAGGCAGCAGAGGCGGUGGGACGAAUGUGUCGCUGGGUUUUACUACAUCAAGCCGAAUUAUCCUGGGCGAUCAUCUCAUAUAUGCAACGGUGGUUUCGUUGUGCCGCUCAGCCAUCGAGGCUCAGGUUUUGGCACCCUCCUAGCAAAGUCCUACCUUUAUUACGCCCCUAAGCUUGGGUACCGAGCCAGUGUCUUCAACCUGGUGUACGUCAACAACGUGGCUUCAGUCAAGCUCUGGGAGGGGCUGGGAUUCACGAAAGCGGGCCGUAUACCACAUGCUGGUCGUUUAAAAACGCCUGAUGGUGAAGGGGAGGAGUACAUGGACGCUUGGGUCAUUUACAAGAGUUUUGUGGAUGAUGAGGUGUCUCGCGGAGAUUAA